GUUCUUGAGGGCUGCCUGGCUGGGGGGUCUCUAUGGCCGAGCUGGUACUUGGUAUAAAGUGAAGAGUUGGAAUGCAGAUUGUAUUUAAACACCCUGGCUGGGAGCUGUGGUGCCCUGAAUUCUCCCUCUUACUCCAUCCUCUCAAUACUGGCACACAGCCAACACUCAGUAAAAGUUUGCUGAGUUGACAAAAGUAAAUUUGUGGCUUCUGUCCAGUACUUGGCAUUUGGAAGCCCUCAAUAAAUGACUAUCAAGUUUGUUUCAUCUCCCCAGCACAUUUGUGACAUUCUUGACGGCGGGAACCAUGUACUCAAUAGGGCCGUGAUGACAGAAGAGGAAAUCAGCUUGGUCCCUGUUCAUAGAAGUUCAUAGUUUAGUGUGGGAGACUAAGAUAAUAACUCGCCCAUUUAAAGAUAUUUUUCCAACGUUCGCAUGUAUUGGGUGGAAAAGGUGAGGCAAGAGUUGUAUUUCCCAGACUCCGGACCAGGUUGCGAGAUAAUUGACAUCCGAGGGAGACCUUCUCACGUUUUCAUUAGUUGUCGCUGACCCUCCCUUCUAUCACCCAACCAAUCCCGGACGGACACUUCGCUUAAGCCCCGCCUCCAGCAGCCAGCCAAUCAGAAGUGCCGGGGACCGGGGCGCCGCUGGGACACUGACGCGGUUUCGAUUCCAGCGAAAAAUGCCUCAGCUCGGGCUGUCUCGUGACAGGGGGUGUGAGGAGGACAGCCCCGCGCCCGCUGAGCCCUAGAGCCGCUGCCGCCAACUGCCGCCGACUGUCAUGGAGGACGAGCAGCCUGACAGCCUGGAGGGCUGGGUGCCGGUCCGGGAGGGCCUCUUCGCCGAGCCCGAGCGGCACCGGCUGCGCUUCCUGGUGGCCUGGAACGGCACGGAGGGCAAGUUCGCUGUGACUUGUCACGACCGCACCGCGCAGCGGCGGUGGCGGCGCGAGGGGGCCCAGCCCGAGCCCGAGGCCGCCGUGUCCCCCCCAAGCUGGGCCGGCCUGCUCUCGGCCGCGGGGUUCCGCGGCGCGCACCGGCAGCUGGCGGCGCUAUGGCCGCCUCUAGAGCGCUGCUUCCCGCGGCUGCCACCGGAGCUGGACGUAGGUGGCGGCGGCGGCGGGGCUUGGGGCCUGGGGCUCGGGCUGUGGGCGCUGCUGUGGCCGGCGCGCGCGGGCCCCGGAGAGGCGGCGCUGCGGGAGUUGUGCGGACAGCUGGAGCGCUACCUGGGCGCGGCGGCAGACGGCUGCGGUGGCGCCACCGUGCGCGACGCGCUCUUCCCGGCUGAGGGCGGCGCGGCAGACUGCGAGAGCCUGCGCGAGUUCCGGGAGCGGGCCCUGCGCGCGCGGUGGGCCGAGGCGGACGCGCGGCUGCGCCAGGUUCUUCAAGGACACACAAAAGCCAAUACCAUGGUAGCAUUAAUGAAAGUUUACCAAGAGGAAGAUGAAGCAUACCAGGAAUUAGUUACUGUGGCAACAACGUUCUUCCAAUAUUUAUUGCAGCCACUGAGGGCUAUGCGAGAAGUUGCAACUUUAUGUAAGCUUGAUAUUUUGAAGUCCUUGGAUGAGGAUGACCUAGGUCCUAGAAGGGUAGCAGCCCUGGAGAAAGAAGCCGAAGAAUGGACCAGACGGGCUGAAGAAGCUGUCAUCUCUAUUCAAGAUAUCACAGUGAAUUAUUUUAAGGAGACAGUAAAAGCAUUAGCAGCAAUGCAGAAACAAAUGGAACAGGAUGGGAAGAGAUUUGGCCAGGCUGCCUGGGCCACAGCAACUCCCAGGUUGGAAAAACUUAAGCUAAUGCUAGCUCGAGAGAUUUUGCAACUCAUGAGAGCGAAAGAGCUGUGUUUAAAUCACAAAAGAGCUGAAAUUCAGGCAAAGAUGGAAGAUCUUCCAGAACAAGAAAAAAAUAUCAAUGUUGUAGAUGAAUUAGAAAUACAAUUUUAUGAAAUUCAGUUAGAACUAUAUGAUGUUAAAUUUGAGAUAUUAAAAAAUGAAGAAAUACUGCUCACUACACAGUUGGACUCUCUUAAAAGACUUAUAAAAGAAAAACAGGAUGAAGUUGUCUAUUAUGAUCCGUGUGAAAGUCCAGAGGAACUUAAAGUCAUUGACUGUGUGGUGGGGCUGCAGGACAGUAAGAAUUUGGAAGUGAAAGAACUCAGAAGGCAGUGCCAGCAGCUGGAGUCUAAAAGGGGCAGGAUCUGUGCCAAAAGAGCCUCUCUCCGGAGCAAAAAGGAUCAGUGCAAAGAAAAUCAUCAGCUCAGAUUGCAACAGGCUGAAGAAAGCAGAAGAUACUCUCGUCAGCAUCAUAGUAUUCAGAUGAAAAGAGACAAGCUAAAAGAGGAGGAACAAAAGAACAAAGAAUGGAUCAACCAAGAACGCCAAAAAACACUCCAACGAUUGAGAGCAUUUAAAGAUAAGCACCUAGGUCAAUCUGUCCGAAACACCUCUGGUUCAGAACCUGUGGCUCCAAACCUGCCAGGUGGCGUUUCCCAGCAGACGUGCUUGCCAGCUUCCCAGGUGGUGUCAGUAAUUCAUCCGUCCUCUAGGAAAACUAGAGGUGUUCCCCUAUCGGAAGCUAGUAACGUGAAAACCCCCAAGUGUCAAGACUGUCAUGGAAAUACCUCUGUCCAGGUUUUUGUUCCAGUUGGUGAUGAAACACAUUCCAAAUCCAGUGAGGAAUUGUCACUGCCACCUCCUCCACCUCCACCUCCACCACCACCACCCCCUCUGCCUGCUCUGUCCUCAUCCUCUGAAGCGGCAACUCAUCAGAACUUAGGCUUCAGGGCUCCAGUGAAAGAUGACCAGCCACUUCCUCUAGUGUGUGAAUCACCUGCUGAGAGACCACUGCUGAGUGACUCCUUGGGACAUUUCCCUUGUCCAGGAUCUAUGGAUGAAGUGUUGGCCUCCUUAAGGCAUGGCAGAGCCCCUCUCCGGAAGGUCGAAGUGCCGGCAGUGUGCCCUCCCCACGCCUCAGUCAAUGAGCACAUUCUGGCUGCCAUAAGGCAAGGGGUCAAACUGAAGAAAGUUCACCCGGACCUCGGCCCAAACCCCAGCAGCAAACCAACCAGCAGCAGACACACCAGUGACCUUGAGAGGAGCAUCAAGGCUGCCCUCCAGAGAAUCAAGAGGGUGUCUGCUGACUCAGAGGAAGACAGUGAUGAGCAGGACCCCGGCCAGUGGGACCAUUAAGCCAACUUUGACAAAAAGUGGGUGGGGCUCAUAAGGCCUGUUGAAAAGCAUGCGAACAGGGUGCUGGUAGAUGGGCCACAUGACACCUCCGAGGAUCAGCAGGGCAUUGUGUGGGACCCUGUAGCUUUUAUGUGACAUGGUGACUC